UGCUGCCAUAUGAGCCCACUUGCAAGAAAAGCGCACACAGGCGAGAAUCCAAUGAGCGAGUUUUACUCACUGACCGGAUUGUGUUUAAGGACUGACUGAUUCCACCUGACAGCGAGCAGUUACUUAGAGAUUUGUUUCUUUUGCAAUCACAACAAAAUCAAAAAGAAUCGCAAAGAAGAGACGCAACGAUGACAGCCGAGUUUAUUUCACCUCGAAGUCACUGAGAUCCGCAUCCUCCUGCGUUUGCAUCCGAUCGCUGACCUCCCCGGAAAAGAUGCAAAGGAGAUACAGGAUGAAUUCGGCUUUCAUGGCAGUGUUACUCGGAGUGGUUGGGGCUCUGGCCAAUAAGCAGGACUGUCCUUCGGACAACUAUACGACCAGUGGAGAAUGCUGCAGGCAGUGUCAGCCCGGCGAGGGCGUCGUCAGACCAUGUGGAGCCACACAGACGGUCUGCGCUCCAUGCCUUGACAGCGAAACCUUCUCAGAAACCUUCAGCCACACGGAGAGAUGUCAGCCGUGCACACAGUGUACCGGUCUGUACCGGAUGGAAACGCCCUGCACCGACUCCAACGAUGCCAUCUGUGUCUGCAACUAUGGCUACUACCUGAAUAAAAUCUCGCAGUUGUGCGAACCCUGCACCAAAUGCCCCGAGGGCCAAGGGAUGCUGCUGAGCUGCGAGUCUGACCAUGACACAAUGUGUGAGGAUUGCACCGGGGACACGUACUCGGACCAGGAGAGUUCCCGAGAGCCCUGCAUCCCCUGCAACACCUGUGAUGAGGGUGAGGUGUUAGAGCCCUGCAGCUCUACCAGAGAUACAGUUUGUCAAGUCACUUACCCCUCAGGGAUUCCCCCGGUUACUGGACCCUCCAUGAGCCCCUAUGACGACACCACGGUGGUCGACCCUCCAAUAGACGUCCCCACAGACAGCCCUACAUCGACCACUGAUGGUGACUCCCAGGAGCGGCUCUACCAGGGUCUGAACGAUAAACUCAUCCCCAUCUACUGCUCCAUCCUGGCAGCCGUCGUUGUCGGUCUUGUGGCUUUCAUAAUCUUCAAGAGAUGGAAUAGCUGUAAGCAGAACAAGCAAGGAGCCAACAACUGCACAGCCAACCAGAACCAGACUCCAUCACCUGAAGGGGAGAAGCUGCACAGCGACAGCGGGAUUUCUGUGGACAGUCAGAGUCUGCAGGAGCAGCAGGGCCAGACUCAGGCACAAACAGUUGUCACCAUGGACGAAGAGCCCUGCUUGCUGCUUCCUCUGCACACCAGAGAGAAAGUAGAGAAGCUGCUGUUCAGGGGCAGCGAGGGAGAAAACUGCAACAUGCACGACAGCGACUGGUGCAACCUGGCUGGUUUGCUCGGAUACGAAGAGGAGCGGAUCGCCACCUUCCGGCAGGAGGAGCAUCCUGUUCGUGCUCUCCUGUCCGACUGGGCGAGCAAGGAGUGCGCCAGCAUCGACACACUGUGCACGGCGCUGCGCAAGAUCAACCGUGAAGACAUCGCGCAGAGUCUGGUGCUCAGUCCGACCGCCGUGAAGCCAACCGCCACCUCUGUGGUGUGAUUUUAACUGUUAGCAAAACUUUACCACCUGAACCUUAUACCUUAAAAUAUUCUAGAAAGUCUUGAAGCCUCAUGAAGCCACCAGUCACAGUGACGAAAUCCGACAAAUCACAUUUAAAUCAGGGGAGAAGACAGGAAAUCAGAAAAACACUGAAAAAUAUCAAUAUACACAAUCAAAGCAAUGCAAGGUAAACCUCAACCCUUGACUUAACCAUCAGGAUAGCCUUGCAAAUCCACACAAAGAAGCAAACAUCUCGAUAACUAUUCCAUUUGGAGCUGGGAUACCUACCUGCCUUUCCACACUAUUUGACAUUCAGCUGACCAUCUUCUGAUCUAAUUAACCACAGAGCAGCAGUUUGAAGUGAUCGUGGAUACCUGGCUCUCUCUUUCAUUCCUCCACCUUCAUCCUCUGCAUCUUUAUCAUCAGUAUCUACAAUCUUAAACAUGCAUAGCCGGCGUAGCCCUUACUUAUCGCCUUCUCAAGCCCGUGUUGUACUUCUAAAGGUGUUCAAAUCUACGCUACCAAAGAGGAAUGUUUUCAGACCAUACCUGAGAUUAUUCACAUGCCAUGUUAGACUUUUUGAAUUCCAGAUAACAAACGGCUUCCGUGUCUUACUGCUGCUGGAUGACACCUGCAUACAUCAGACUAUGACAACCUGAGGAAGGAUGGUUGGACGCAUUUCAAAUGUAACAAAGGCCACAUCCAGCUAUUCGCUCUUAUUUGAAACAUUUGUUUUAGAUUUAAGACGUGGAGCCGCAGCACACGUUGGCGUUGUCUUGACUUUUGCUUCAUCGUUUUCCAACGACUGCUGGCUGGACUUUGCCAACUAGGUGGUCUGUGGGGCAACAUGACUCCAGUCUAUGUGCUCGGGUCUAUCUGCAUAACACAGAAGCUCACACACAGACUCACUUCAAACUGACCCAGAAACGGGAAGGAGGCGGAACUUAAGUUACCCAGCGACAACCGUGUAUACUAUAUGUACAUAGGGAGACAAGUGCACACACCGAAUACAGACAUACAUACACAUACACACCUUACAGUAUGUAGCCGUGCAUGCAUGUACUGUACUAUUCAAACACAGACAGACACACACACAUAUGCAUUUACAUUCUUAUUCAUUGUAGAGGACACAGAAAACUUCACAUCCUGCCAUGUAUGAUACAGAGUACACUCAUGAGGGGACCAUAUACUGUUUAUUGUCAAUAUUAGUAGCCAAUAUAACGUUACUCUGUGUCUACUUAUGUCUAAAACUGUAUGAUUUGCAAUGUGUGCUGUAGAUGGUGAAAUGCUACCUUGACAGUAAACAGCAUGCAAAAACUAGCAACUCAUUGUCGGCCAGUGCACACAAUUUCAAGUAAAAAACACACAAACUAUAUGGAUGCAAAACAAAAAUCCAGGGUUUUUAAUCUUUUUUGCUUAAUUUCUCAGGGUAUCUCGAAUGAUUGUGUUUCACCAUGAAUAUUAUACUUAUUAUUGCACCAUCUAUGACUAACCGAAUAAUCUGUAGCUGCUCAAAAGCCACUGUGUUUAUCCAAAGCAGCAAUCCUUGCGACUGACAAUCCUUCAAACAGAUGAAUAAGAGAGAGAAACGGGCCAGAGAGAGAGAGAGGGAAAAUAAAGAAAAGUGGUGUUGUGUUUCUUCUUUGUUUGGAACAAUGACCUCUGAAUAAAAAGGCCAGUCAGUCGAGACAUAAGUUGAAAGGAUGUGGGAUGAAUUCAGACAAGGGAACCGGAAGAGUUUUGGAUUACUUCAAUGUAAAGGUGAAACCCAGGAAUCUGCAUUUGCAUUAAUCAGCUUGUUUAAGUAUAAGCAUGUAUUCCUCUCCUCACAGCAGCCUGUGCUUCUUACAUUGUGUUGUUACCGGUUUCUCAAAGCAUAUUCAACAGUGUAAAUGUGUUGAUAUGAUUGUGCUGACAACUAAGGACCCACAGGACGUACUCGUUUUGUUUUUCUUCACUGUAAAUGGGAACAUAUUUGAAGGAGAAAGUAGUUCACUAUGUUAAACUUCAUCUGUAUCACCAACGUCAGCUGUUACUCUCGAGUACAGAUUGCCACUAACCACUAGCAUACUGAGCUUCAUGCUGUAGUGUUACUUUAAAUGAAGGUAUUCUUACUACUCUAUAAGGGUUGUUUGUAUUUUAAUUCCCAAAUAACAACUGUAAAUGGUAUUGUAUUUCUGUUUUUGUUUUAGAUCGGAGCACUUAAAUGUGUACUUAUGUGUCCUUUUUGCAUCACAAGUGCCUGGGAACUAUUUCAGGUGUCUGCUGAUGUUGUACAUUUUUUUAUUUUUAGCUGUUUUGUAAGAAUAUCUUUUUUAUUUCUUGUUUUUUUUUUAACUUGUAAAUAAUUUGUCUUUUUUAUUUUCUUUUGUUUUAGUUAAUGCCUGGAAGGCGUCACUGGACAGUAUCUAUGUAAACAGGCCUUUGUUACACUAUCAGUACUGUCGAGGAAAGAAGGGCGAAGGGAAGAGAGUCGCAGAUUGUUUACCGUCAGGUGCAUUUAAAUAGUGUGUCAUUAAGAAGAUGAGAUUUUAAAUAUCUUUAAGAUUCAUCAGAUAUGGAAAGGCUCCAAUUUUCUGUUCAGGAGGUAAUCUAUUCAGUCAGAAAUGCAACAUUACAUUGUGAUUUCAAUGCUUAUAUUUCAAGUCAACCAUAUUUUUUACAAAGUUUGACAUUUUGGGAAAUACAUUUAUAUAUUUUCUAGCUGAGAAUUGGAUUCAAAGAGUGAUGUUGCUGCAGGUAAGUCUGGAAACAGCUAGCCCAUUGUGACACAAUGGCACCACUGCACUCUGAAUCCCAUAAUUUUAAUUGGCUUGUACUAUGCAACAACGGUUUGUUGCUGCAUUGAGCUGCAAUGUGCAGUUAAAAGUUCAGAUUAGGUUAACUUUUCACUGCAAAUAUUUGUCACGAAGAAACAAGGAAACAAUGCAUCCAGCCAGCCAGGCAUGGAAGGCAAAAUGUAGGAAAAACUGAUGUGUCUAAAUUCCCUGAAUUAUAACACACAAGUUUGCAUUUGUAAUGAGACCUCAGGAAACAGGUUUCUUUCCAAGUAGACAUGUCAGGUGCGUUUUAACUUCUUUCUAUACAGUCAUUGGUUUUAAUAGUCAGCUUGUUGCAGUUUGGCAAUAUGUGUAACAUGGGGCCCCGAUUUAUUUGUUCCUUUUCAACAGCUUUACAUACCUAUUAAAGUUUCAUAAUUAAUGAGGUAGUGAGGUAAAGAGGUUUAAUUUCCAUUCAAAAUUAUUCAUUGAUUUCGUGGUCUUGGAAGAAAUUGUGAAAACUCCACUUAUUUUGCAUUGGGCUGAACAUAGUGACGAGCGCAAACUGCAUUAUGUCUAAAAGGGCCGUGUUUCUGCCGUUGCCUAGAUGUUGUUUUUUUUUUUUUUUUUUUACCACAUCAGCUGCUUUUUCUUCUUUAUACUAAGUUAAACUAAGUGUCUGCUGGCUGUAGCUCUAUAGCUGGAAUGAUAUGGGAAGAGUCCUGAUUAUCUCAUCUUAAAAUAAGCAUAUUUCCCAAAAUGUCAGAGUAAACCACCCUAUUAAAUUUAUACAUUUUAACAUUAUUUUUAGCAGUUAAUAGUCAUAUCAGUUAGAAUAUACGUACCGCAUCACACAUAUGUGUCCAUAGCUUACUUAAUACUUCAACAGACUUCCUAUGGGACCAUAUUGCAGGUUGCCUUAUAAGAAAAAUUUGCACCAGCAUUGUUUUAAGUUGCUUAUCUGUGAGUUAAAGCUCCGUGCCUUGGACCUGAUGAGCUAUUUUGACCAAUAACAGAGUUAAUAUUCACACUAAAUCAUGUUAUGUUACUCUGUGUUACAGGACACUUGACACACUGUAGAGCCUCAUGUUUAGAUUUAUGAUGCCCCAGAUGAUUAUUUUGGUUUCAAUGGUUGCAUUCAAUAAUCUCCAUCAUUGUAGAAAGACCUUCCCUGAAAGCCCUCAGUUUAUUGCACCAUGGGGCAGUAAACAUCUUUAGAAUCUGUCCUCCUGUCAGCUGAACACGGAGGCUUUUUUUUCUUUGGACAGUAUUUCUUUAGAGAUUUAACUGAAUAACAGACAUUGAAUCGCUUGUACAGUGAACCCAAUUGAAGGUGAACAUGUGGUGAUAUUGCACUUGAGAGACAAAGUACAAACUAAUCCUGUAAAUUGGGGUCUGGGUCAGGGGUGGGAUGUACAAGACUGUGUUUGGAGGGUGUGUUUUAAGGAAAAGCCCUGGUAAUGUAGCUCACAGUGAUGAAAGUGACGGUGAACCAGGACUGAAGUGUACAGAUGUGAGAAACACUGAAUGUUCCUUGUAUACUAAUACAUAUACUGUUCUAUACUUAAUGUGAAUUUGCUAAAUUCCUACAGCAGACAAGCAGUAAAAUGAAUAAUAAAGCUCUUAAAUCCA